GUCAGUUCUGCUUCUCGUUAAAUGGGAUCUCUCUGUGUCUCUGUCCGGUUUUUAAAAAAAUUAUGUUAGAAUUAAUGUUUUACAGUGUUCACAGCCGAACACGCGGAAACACUUAUUUGGCGUGCGUUUUGAAAAACAAUGACGUAACGCGGCACUUGGUCCAAUGAGACGCCAGAGGUGCGACCAGUAUCCAAAUGAGCUGUCCUUCUAUGGUCGGGUCUCCGCCCCUCCUCAUCCACGCCGGUCCCCCGGGAGCUUCAGAGCCCCGGACCUCGGGAGAAGGGGCUCUCCGCCGGGACAGAAGAGCCAUAAAGAGCCGGGGAGGGAGGGGGAUGAGAUUUCUCGCUGCCCAAUCCCCCUGUUCCCCCAGGAACUGCAGCCUUCCACGGUCCGUCCCUCCCUCUUGUUUGCUAAUCAUUUCAUUUUACUCCUUUUUGAAGCGGUGGCUUGUUUUUUUUAUCCCACUCUUCAUUUUUCCACAAUCCGUGGCUGCUCGCCUCCCUCUGAUCCCCGGCUCUCCACGUUCCGUUCUCCCAGCGUCAGGCUCUUCGGAUCCCGGCUGAUUCUCCUCCGUCUCUCUCUCUCUCUUCUCUUUCUCUCUCUCUCUCUCCCGCUCUCUCUCUCUCUCUCUCUCCGUCUCUCGGCUCCUUUGAGAUGCUCUCCCCGCUCUCCGCUCUUCUCUCCGCCCUCUUUUAACUUCACAGAGACGUUGGUUUAAAGCCCGGGCAGCUGCGAGCCGGGGCUGGGAUCUAAAACAACCCCGGAGAAACCCAGAGGGAUCCGGGGCUCUUCUUUGGAUCAGGACCCGGUACUUUGGGGAAGCUCGCUCGUGUGUCCCUCCUCCCCUCCUUCCUCCUCCUCGUUGCUCCCCUUUUCUCCACCUUAAUCCAGGUGGUCCUUGGGCUUUUUUUGAGUGGCUGAUACAGGGAGGAUUAUUCAUCUUCUUUCUUGUUUCUGGUGAAGAAAAGCUCCCAGAAGGACACUUUGAUGUUCUCCAUCCAGGACAGCCUCCCUCGGGGGGCCCUGACCAUGAAGGAGGAGCCGCUCCCCACCGGCAUGACCCCGGUCCGCUCCUGGAUGCAGGGCGCAGGGAUUUUGGAUGCCAACACAGCAGCCCAGAGCGGCGUGGGUUUAGCCCGAGCUCACUUUGAGAAGCAGCCUCCAUCCAACCUGAGGAAGUCCAACUUCUUCCACUUUGUGCUGGCGCUGUACGACAGACAGGGCCAGCCGGUUGAGAUCGAGAGGACUUCCUACAUAGACUUCGUGGAGAAAGACAAGGAGUACAACGGCGAGAAGACCAACAACGGGAUCCACUACAGGCUACAGCUCCUCUACAGCAAUGGCAUCAGGACAGAACAGGAUCUUUAUGUCCGUCUGAUAGACUCCAUGACCAAACAGCCCAUCCUGUAUGAAGGUCAGGACAAGAACCCGGAGAUGUGUCGUGUCCUCCUCACCCACGAGAUCAUGUGCAGUCGGUGUUGUGACAAGAAGAGCUGUGGAAAUCGCAAUGAGACGCCUUCUGAUCCUGUUAUCAUUGACAGAUUCUUCCUCAAGUUCUUCCUCAAGUGCAAUCAGAACUGUUUGAAAAAUGCAGGGAACCCACGAGACAUGAGGAGGUUCCAGGUGGUGGUUUCCACUACAGUCAAUGUGGAUGGUCAUGUGCUGGCUGUAUCCGACAACAUGUUUGUCCACAACAACUCCAAACAUGGCCGCCGUGCCCGACGCCUGGACCCUUCUGAAGCAGCCACGCCCUGCAUCAAAGCCAUCAGCCCGAGUGAAGGCUGGACAACUGGUGGCGCCACCGUCAUCCUCAUCGGGGACAACUUCUUUGACGGCCUGCAAGUCGUCUUUGGCACCAUGCUGGUCUGGAGCGAGCUGAUCACCCCUCACGCCAUCCGGGUCCAGACUCCCCCUCGUCACAUCCCCGGCGUCGUGGAGGUCACACUGUCCUACAAAUCCAAACAGUUCUGCAAAGGAGCGCCAGGACGCUUCGUCUACACCGCCUUGAACGAGCCGACUAUCGACUACGGCUUCCAGAGGCUACAGAAGGUCAUCCCUCGCCACCCCGGGGACCCCGAAAGGUUACCAAAGGAGGUGCUGCUGAAGCGGGCAGCUGACCUGGUGGAGGCUCUGUACGGGAUGCCACACAACAACCAGGAGAUCAUCCUGAAACGAGCGGCUGACCUCACCGAGGCGCUCUACAGCGUCCCUCGCAGUCACAACCAGCUGCCUUCUCUCACCGGCUCGGCUGCUCACUCAGGGAUGAUGGGAGUGAACUCGUUCAGCAGUCAGCUCGCCGUCAACAUCUCCGAGGCCUCGCAGGCCGACCAGGGUUACUCCCGUAACUCGAACAGCGUGUCCCCUCGUGGCUAUGUGCCCAGCUCCACGCCUCAACAGUCCAACUACAACACCAUCACAUCCACCAUGAACGGAUACGGAGCAGGGAUGACCAACCUGGGCGUACCUGGCUCCCCCAGCUUCCUCAAUGGCUCCACCAACUCGGCUUACGCAAUCAAACAGAAGAGCGCCUUCGCCCCUGUCGUGCGGCCACAGACCUCCCCGCCCCCCACCUGCACCACCACCAAUGGCAGCAACCUUCAGGCUAUGGCAGGUCUCAUCGUCCCACCCAUGUGAGGAGGAUCUUCAGCCAGACACCGUCAGACCCCACCCCCUCAAAAAACCCCUGCACUGAUGGACCCACCAACCUGAAUGCCAUGGCAACAACAGUGGCGAAAAAACUCAUCUUCCCUGAGACCGACCAACCCCAGCUUACCCUGAAUCAUCACUGCACCACGAAAAUAAGUUUGAUUCUUCAUCGAUUAGUUUACCGCCAGUUGACGUCUUCGUGCUCUGUCAGAUUUCAAGGCGCCACAGAUGUUCAAAUUGGAAUGGAACCUUGUCAGAUGUGCAGCAGCUCCACGUUGAGGUGAUGCUUCCUCAGAGAAGGCGAAAGGUCAGCGAUGCGAAGAGCGAACUGUGGGUGGGAGGGCAGGUGUCUACAUGUUGCGUGAGUAUUGUUGUGCUGAGUUAUGACGCAGGUUAGUUUGACUUCAGAAGUCUGUGGAGGCCACGCAGGUCUCAGGUCAGUUAGAACCACUGUGAGACAGGAAAGAGGCGUGUCCACCGAGAGCUUCUGUUCACCUCCAUGACAUCACCAAAAAAGGUUCUGAUAUUGUUGGAUAAUAAGCCAAUAAGAUCAGGAUUAGAUUUUAAGGGCCAAAAAUCACAAACAUCACAGCCAUCCGAAUUCUUUUCCAGGCCUCGUUAGCUUCCAUUUAUUCCCAUAUAACAUGAGAUUAAUGAGACUCUUGACUUAUCACAAAAUUAUUUUUUAUCAAAGACUCAUUAUUGCUACUGAAGCACAGACUUUGCUUAAAUCACUCUCUACUUAAAUGUUCUGCAUGGGCCUGUAUUCUACUUCAGACCCAAACUGAGCCUGACUGGUAAGACCAGAUUUGAUUCUAAAACCAGACAAAACACAUCAAGAUACUCUAUUAUUAAUUAAAAGCAAAACAACCCAAGUGGCAUCCAGAAACAUGAUGCUUUAAACUACAUUUCAAAACACAAUAAAAGAGCACUGACAACAGCACAAACAAGGCACAAUAUGUCACUCUAAUCACUGUUACAGAUCACACAAAAUUUGAAUUAAUACUCAUACAGAAAUGAGUGGAGGUCAGACAGUAUUGUGAUGUUCAUUGUUUUCAUUAAGCACUUUGAAAUGAAGACACAGUGAAGGACUCUGUCAGACAUGUAAAUAUGUGGUUGUGUAGUAAACAAAAGGUUCAGAUUUUAAUUGAUUCACCACCUAAAAUCUGAUCUGUUUGAAACAACUAUUUACAGCAGGUUAUGACCUCAUUUGGUUGGAAGACAAGAUAAUGGUCUGUUCACUGACUUUUCCCAUAGUCACAUGAACAAAAACCCCAUCUGAAGUUGACUUAGUUGGCUCAUCCUGGACCACAAGCUCUCGGCGGACACUGGCCCUGAGUUGGACUGAGCCCUGAGAAACCAGGAAAACUCUUCAAACCAUUUUUCAAAUGUGGAAAUGACCGUCAGACGGUUUUCCUGAUUAAAUCCAGAGUAAAUAUUCUUACAUUUUCCUUUCUGUACCAUAGCUUUUAACAAUGUUUGCAUCUCAUGUUCUAAAAAGGGGGGAAAUGCAGUAAAUCUCAAAGCUAAAGAAAGAGUGAACAAAAGUUCUGCCGGGGAGAGAAGAAUGAACUUUACCCUAACAUUCGUCUGAAGAAAAGUCGAGGCAGCCCGAGUGUUUCUUUUUUAAAUUUUCUGUUUAUUUCUUUUGUUUUGGAGGUCUCAUUUUUAAAACUUCAGUACAAUAGUUCUGUUUUGCAGGUGUGCCGAGUGGUAGAUUUUAACCAGAAAAAGCUUGCACCAGUUUUAAUCACAUUUAGGUACCAGAUUUUCUUGUGAUUCUUCUGAUUGUGCUUAUUUUAUAUGUAUUUAUAAAGUAUGUUUUGGGGAGUUCCUUUGUGAUUUAGGCCUGGAUGAUAGUCUCAAAUAUAUAUGUAAACACAUUUGAUGUCUUAAUACCUUUUAGAUAUUGUAAAAAGAGUGAACAAGUGAGAGGAAUUAACCCUUUUGUAAAAACAAAAAAUGUCAUGACGCAGUCUCCCUGUUUUUGAAAGCAGGACGUUAAAAAAAAGCUUUCAUCACUUUUGUAUAAAAAUGCUUUUCCGAUACAAUAUUUAACUUUUUGUAAACGGCGGCAUCAUUUGUGUUUCCCCUGGUUCUUCUCGUCCUUUGUGUAUUAUUGUGAAAUGUAUAAUCAUGGUUAUUUCUUAAUGCACUAUUUUUGUUGGGGCACUUAAUAAGAGCAAAGUAUCUUAGCAAAAAAGAAAAAAAAAGCUGAAAGUUUAAAAAAAACAAACAAAAAGAUGAAAGCUAGAACGAUAUGCACCGAUAUGUUUUCUCUGCCAUUCUGAAAUGGUAAAAAUCCUUGUCAUGUGAAAUUUUUAUAUUUCAGAAGCUUAUAAUGUCAUAAUAUUCCUCCACUUUUACUUUUGGGCCAAGCGUAUCUCUUGGUUUUUGGUGUUUAGAAGACAAUAUUUUAUCCAUCUUGAUAUUAGACCCGAUCCUCGUCUUUGUGUUUUUUGGUGAGAAUGAUUGUACGAGUACAGGAAGAUUUUAAAACCAAGUUUUUUGGGUCACUGAUCUCAAGGAAACUUCCAUCGAUGUUGGUGUUGUUGUUGAUGGUGCUGUUCUCGUCGUCGCACACAAUCUGGAUCAUUUAAUUAUGCAACCGUGUUCCUCUUCUGUAAUGCAAGCUUGUCUUCCACGCUGCCGUGGAAUAUUAGAAGAACUAAAAGUCAUGUUCGAUGCCUUACGAUUGACCACACUAAGUCUUCUCUCUGUUUUUAGUUUCUGAUUCAUUUGACAAGCUUCUCUCCAGUGAAACUGUGGGAAUUUGUUUUGUUUCGCACCAUACGUUUGCAGCGCUGAUCUCAAACUGCAGAAAACCUUGUUAGCGGUUAGCCUUUUAGAUAGCCUGUUGGUUUCAGUGAAAAACUUGGAAGGUAAAACUUCCUGGUUUAGUUGUGGCAUCAAAUCACAAAAGAAGGUACUACAACUCAAUCCAGGAGUUUACAACAGCGGAAAUAACAUGCUAGACAUUACUUCUGCAUUACGUAAUUAUAAUUUAGUAACUUAUAAUCACAGGAAGACAUAAAAAACAGUCAUAUUUCCAAAAAAUAACCUAGUUACAGGUUUUCAUUACAAGUUCAAUAUUUGAAGUCUUUCUUGAGACACGGCUCUUAAGAUCCAAAGCUACUGAGCUGCAGGUCUAGAGAAUAUAAUUACACAAAAAAAAUCUCCAUUAUUUUCCAUUGUUUAAUGUGAUUAGAGUUCACAUUAAUGGACUGUUGUAGAACCAGUUUUACCAGACAGCAAGGAACCAUCAAACAUCCCUUUAACUCCUAAAAAAAAAAAAAAAAAAAAAAAAAAUUAAAUGGGAAUGAAAAAGGUGAGGACAGGAAUUGGAAGCUUGGAUGGAUUAAACUUUUAAACUUUAUGCAAAUGGAGUUGGACUGACAGAAGCCUUAAGUCACUGCACAGCAUCACCCAGACACCGUUUCAUUGGCUUGUGGGUGAACAUCUGUCCAGUGUCUUCAGGAAAAGCCAUUUUUUUUCAAUUACCCUAAUGAAACCCAGUCUGCAGAGUGAACAGUCACACCUCGUUUCAGUUCAGCAUAAACUCCCUCAUCCGACUUCACCGUUCAACAGCUCGCUGAAUCUUUUCUUUUGGGUCACAGUCACUGACCUGGUUUUCAGCCGAGGUUUUAAAAACUGCAAAGUAUACUUUUUUCAAUGUUUUACUUCAAUGUGAAAGAGGGCAGAGGUACUGCAUCUUUGUGAAAUAUGAAAUAUAUCAUCAAAGUAUAUCAAAGCACAACGUUUAAUUAAUGUCUUUAAAAUACAAACGGGAACAACACCCCUGAUUGUUUUCUUUUCUGUCUCUGGCCAUGCUGUAAAUAGAUGCAUGUUUUUUUUUUUUGUUUGUUUUGUUUUUUUUUUUUUUGUUUUGUUUUUUUUUCCCUGUGAUCCAGUGCUUUUUGUACAGAAACGGUCUAAUAAAGAUUACAUUUGGCUUGAACUGUACGU